AUGACCAAGCUAUGUAAUCAGUUCAAGGUCAAGCACCACGGUUCAGUGCUGUAUAGACCACAGAUGAAUGGGGUGGUGGAAGCAUCCAAAAAAAACAUUAAGAACAUUUUGGAGAAGAUGACAGAAACUUACAAAGAUUGGCAUAACAAGCUUCCAUUCGCCUUGAUGGCUUACAAGACUAUAUCCAGAACCUCCACGGGCGCUACUCCCUUCUCUUUGGUGUACGGGAUGGAGGCAAUGGUCCCUGUAGAAGUUGAGAUCCCAUCUCUAAGAAUUCUAAAAGAAGUAGAGUUGGCUGAGCUAACCCCAGACACAGAAAAAGUUACUUGGAAGCUAGGGCAGUUGACCCCUGACACUAGGAUAGAUUUUGAAACUGGGGCAGCUAACCCCAUGCAUAGAUAG